CUUAGGAUUUACGACAGUCAAACUCAUUUUCGUUUUUUUUGCAACAGUCGUGUGUUUGUAAGAAUCCGUUUACGGUUUGUAUCUCUUAGCAGAAGUUAACUUUACCAUUUCAUAAAAGUGAAAUUUCGAUGUCGGGCGAAGAUGAUUUGAUGCGCUUGGAGCGCGUGUUUUUGCGCAUAGCUUCUGCGGAUACUGAUGAAAACAUAGAGGUAGCACUUGGAAAGUUCCUGGCUCCUGUCCUGUCAAGACUUUCCAGUCCACAAGAAGAAGUCAGGAAAAAGGUGAUGGAACUACUGGUUCACAUCAACAAACGCUUAAAAACUCGUCCCAAAGUUCAGCUACCAGUACAGUCCUUGCUUACACAGUACCAAGAUCCUUCCGCAUCACCAUUUAUUACGAAUUUUACUAUACUUUAUAUUAAGAAAGGUUACCCUCGGCUUGAACCUGCUCAGCAAGCAGAACUCAUACCAAACUUAUUAAACUGUAUUGAAGGCCGACCACAACCCCAGCAGGACAGUUUAUUCCAGUUGUUGGUGCCAGCUUUACAGCAUGUGAAAAUUCCAAGUGAUCCUUCCAAACUUGAACAGAUGUAUCAAUUCUCAGAGAGACCAAAUAUCAGCCGAUUGUUUUUGGACUAUGUAAUGGAUGUGUUGCUGUUACCUUACAAUGCUCAUGCAACAGUGACGUCUGGGGAUAAUUCUACUCCUGCUAUACCACCCCCAGGAAUGAGCGAACAAUCAUUGAAAAGGGUUACAGGCGACAAUCCCCUAAAGCCAGAAGAGUUAGAAAAAUGCAAACUGGGUAUUUUGAAUUUCCUAGGUUCCGGUAUCUUCCCUGAUGAGAAAGUUGUUUGCCAUUACAUCAUUGGUGCUGCUGACACAAGACAUAGCAUAGCAACAGCUGGAGAUAUGGAACUGAAGAAAGUUAUGGGGAGUAUUAACUGGAAUUCCUUGGUCAUUAUGAAUAAACUGUUUUCUAUAUUUCUCGGAACUACAGUUAUUAAAGGAAAAGAAAGCCAAGUAAAACCAGAAUGUAGGAAGACUCCAGCCAGUACACGGAUACGGCUGAAGAUAUUCCCGUACUUUCUCAAGUCAAGAGAAGCCACAAAUGUCUUCCCAGCUUGUAUACAGGUGAUUUUCCACUGCCUGUUUGCAUCCAACAAUCAUGCCCGCCUGAGUCUGAUGACUGUAGAACUUGUUCACCAUGUGUGCUACAAUGCAUCAGAUGUUGUUUUCAAACCGAUAAGUGCAGAAUUGUUAUCUAGUAUGGUAAAAGUUCUAAAAAGCUCAAAGGAUGAUAAACUGCGUGCACUUACCUAUGUUGCUAUAGGCAAAAUUAUAAAGAGGUGCCCAAACCUCGUUGCCAAUGAUAUAGCUUUGAUAAAACAGUUUUUUGAAGCUGUUUGCACAGAAGAAUCUGAAAUUCGUCUUGCUGUCCAAGAAUCUUUGAGUUUGAUGGCGUCAGCAUUUAAAGGCCAAAAUGAAGAGAACAAGAAAUUAAUGGAAGAACUCAUUAUGGAAAACAUUGAAGAGGAAAUGUUCCAAGCCCGAGCAGUUUCAGUACAGUAUGCCAGAUCCGUGUUUCCCGAUGACCACAUCCCAUCAAGAUAUGUUCUCUUGCUUGCAUCUGGAGACGUAAAAGAAGACAUCCGAAAUGAAGCCAUGAAGACGUUACAUUUAACAAAACAGUACAGUAAGAAAGAGACCAAAGAACAAUUUGCUCUCCCAAGCUUCUGUGAAAUGGUCAAAUAUAUUCAUGAUAAGGCUCAACAGAAAAUUGAAUCAAAGGUUGGUUAUGUCAUCGGCAAUCAAACCUUACCUUUCUCACCUGAAGCAUUUACACAGAUCAUUUUGUUUUUGAGGAUGUGUUUGGCUAACAAUGCAGGUGCUGUAGAAAACAUAGAUAGUGAAGAAUCGGCCAGUAACAUUCAACAGCAGCAGGCACCACUAAUUAGUAGCUAUGUGAUCAAGCUACUUGAUGAAGGAGCCAGUCUUCCAAAUAAGCUGGAUGGUCCUGUGUACAUGUACAUCAACCUUAUACAGCAAUUGCUACCCUCUAUUAGAGAUGGACGUCUCAUGUACUGUUUACUAGAAGUGAUAGCAGGAGCACCAACCUACCUUGCUUCUUUGUUCUCUAAUCAACUCGACUGGAUAAAGCGUCUGUCUUGUUCAACCAAAGAUGAUAUGACUGAACACGCUGCACAAUUGUAUUCAAUUGUGUUACACAAUACUGCAGAUAAUAAUUCCAUUGUAAAGAGUAUAUCUGAAUUCUAUGAAAACCUCGAUACUAAUAAUGUGCAGCUGCAGCAUUCAUCUAUUUUGAUUUUGGGGUACAUCAUCAGUUGCUACCUGAGCCAUAACAGCAGGCCGGGUGCCAUGGAGGAAGAUGGUCAGAAGGAAAUGUAUGCUGCUAUGACAAAGACUCUUAAAAAACUAGUGAAGUUUUUGGAUGAGAGCAACCCCCUUCUUUGUCAUGGGGUCUGUUUGGCCUUGAGUGAAAUCGGAAGAAGUGGCCCCUUGCCGUUGGCGAAUGGCAGUGAAAACCAAGAAGCUUCAGAAGAAACAACAAAAUUAUCAGUUGUAAAGAGUUUGUUGAGUCUUGUCCAGUCAACAAGAGAUAAGGACGCUAUGAAGAAUAAAGAACGUGCUGCUAUGAGUCUUGGACAUUUAUGUAUUGGAGAUGAAGAGUUCCCUUACAGACACAUGGUCAUUGAAGGGCUGAUGGGAGUAGUCCAGGCGAAACAAAUUGACCUCCAUUUAACUAUUGGAGAAGCACUGGUGUGUGCUGCUCAGGGAAUAAAGUGUCCAAGUCGUAAAAAUACCUGGUUGGCAUCAAGCUCUGAUUUCCAGGCAUCAGUAGCUGAUAAAGGGGAUGAUGUAGAAUGGUACUUGUUGAAGAUCCUUAAUGAAUACAUCGUUAAAAAUAACCCAUUUAUACGGCAGGCUGCCUGCAUGUGGCUGUUGUCUCUGGUAAAACAUUGUGGAUCCCAUCCUGCUUUGCAAAAACGUCUACCAAACAUUCAGGCUGCUUUCAUGGCAAUGCUGUCAGAAAAUGAUGAAAUCACCCAAGACAUCACAUCCAAAGGCUUAUCACUUGUAUAUGAGAACUGUUCUUCCGAGCAAAAAGAUGCUCUAGUUUCAGGACUCGUUGACACACUUCUUACAGGGAAACGCUCAAAGACAGUUGUUACAGGUGAUACUGAAGUAUUUUCUGCUGGCAGUUUAGGAAAAACUCCUGAAGGUGGCUCCAUGUCCACAUACAAAGAACUCUGUUCCAUUGCCACCGAUUUGAACCAACCAGAUCUCAUUUAUAAAUUCAUGCACUUGGCAAAUCACCAGGCUGCAUGGAACUCUAAAAAGGGUGCAGCAUUCGGUUUUAGUACCAUAGCACAAUAUGCUGGAGAGCAAUUGGCCCCUUAUCUUCCACAGAUUGUACCUAAACUGUAUCGCUAUCAAUUUGAUCCUAACCCCAAGAUACAGAGAGCAAUGAGCAGCAUUUGGGAUGCAUUAGUCCCAGAAAAGGGCAAAACACUUGAUCUCUACCUGAAUGCAAUUGUCGAUGAUCUGCUGAAGAAUCUUACGGCUUCCGAAUGGCGCGUUCGUGAAUCAUGCUGUUAUGCAGUAAGUAACUUAUUACAAGGUCGUCAAUUGAAUAGCAUUAUUGAGAAGUUGCCUCUUCUCUGGGAAGUCUGCCUUCAAGUACGAGAUGAUAUUAAGGAAUCCGUACGUACUGCUGCCCACCAAGCUUGUAAAACACUUAGCAGGGAAUCAAUAAAGAAUUGUGACUUGAAUAACAGCAAAAUAGGAGAACAGGCUAUUAGUUUGGUGCUUCCUUGCCUACUAAAGAACUGUCUUCAGAGUCGUGUUGAAGAAGUGCAGACUAUUGGACUGAGAACUAUCUUGAAAAUCAGUAAAAAUGCUGGCAAACUCAUAAAACCUCACAUUCCUGUGUUGACAAUUGCUCUACUUGAAGCCGUCAGUGGAUUAGAACCCCAGGUCAUGAAUUAUCUGGCUGUUAAAGCUGAGGCUGGCAGUCAAGGGACACAGGAAAAAUUGGACAUGGCUCGCAUUGCUGCUUCUAAGAUGUCUCCCAUGAUGGAAACUGUUAAUUCAUGUGUCCAGUAUGUUGAUGCUUCUGUUCUUCCAGAACUGAUACCACGUCUCAUAGAAUUAAUCAAAAGUGGAAUCGGUGUCGGAACUAAGGCAGGGUGUGCUAGCUUCAUCACUUCCCUGGCUACUCACUGUCCCCAUGACUUAACACCUUAUGCAGGUAAACUCAUGAAUUCAAUGUUGACUGGACUCUCUGAUCGUAAUGUGUCCGUAAGAAAAUCUUAUGCUUCAGCUGUUGGUUAUUUGGUUAAGGUUGCUAAAGACAGCAGUACUGAAAAGUUGAUGUUGAAAUUGAAAACCUGGUACAUGGAAAAGGAUGAAUCUGCCCAAACUGCUUGUGGGGCCACCCUGUAUGCUAUCAGUCAACGUAGCCCGGAUAUUCUUAAAAGACAUGCUGCUUUGGUGAUGCCGUUUGUAUUCUUCGCUAUGCAUGAACCAAAAAACACUACCAAAGAUUCUGAUUCUAGUUUAUCCAUUUGGGAUGAAAUCUGGUUUGAAAUAGCUCCCGGCACAGAACCAGGGAUUCGAUUAUAUCUUCAAGAAAUCACUGAGAUUCUUUGUUUAAGUUUAGAAUCUCAACAGUGGAACACCAAAGGCCAGGCUGCCAGAGCGAUUGGCACUGUAGCUACCAAACUGGGACCUAAAUUGACUUCCCCAAGUGGCGAUAUCUUACUCAAGGCUCUUUUAACUGGAUUAUCUGGAAGAACAUGGAAAGGAAAGGAAAAUUUACUCGAAGCUGUGGGGAAGAUAUGCUGUAACUGCAAACCUUUAUUAGAAGACAGAACAGAAGCAACUGAAGAUAAACCAGAUAUCAACCAGGUGCUCGAUGUUGUCUUGAGAGAAUGCAAGAAAGAGAACAAAGAAUAUCGAAUAAAGGGUCUACACACUGCAGGUUCAAUCCUUGAACUCUACAAAGUGGACAGGUUCGAGGUCCUUUGGCUGCUACUACAACCCUCUCUUAAUACAUCAGAAAGUGAUUCCAAUGAAGAUGAAGACAACUCAGUUACCAGCCUGGGAAUCAAACUGGAAUACCAACAGGCAGUAUUUGAAUGUUUGGGAAAAGUUUGGCCAGAAAAUGCUCAGACACAAACCACCUAUCAAGAGUUGUUUUGUGAGCAGCUGUGUCAGUCAUUGAUGAGAGGUGUGUGGAAGAUACAGAUUUCAAUAAUGAAGUCCAUACAGAAAUAUCUGGACAGGCUAUUAAUCUGGAAAGACCAGAAUGCAGUGAGCAAUAAUGUUGCAAUGGUUAGUAAGAUUAUCAACCAAAUACUCUCGUCUGUGAUACCAUGUUUAGGUAAUAUGAAAUAUUCUGUGAUAAGAUCAGAAGCAAUGGUUGUGAUAACACAAGUUGUCCGCAAGUUACACGACUUGGAUAACAGAGCAUUGUUGACAGAGAAAUUAUCUGAAGAGUUAAUGAACAGCCUGACCCCAUUCAUGGAGAAUGAUAAGAGUGAGAUGCACCAGAAGGCAGUCGAUGUGGCCUCGUUGCUAAAACCCAGCAUGGAGAUCUCCUGAUCACUUUAGGGGAGCAAUUCCACACGGUAAAGAAUGGCUAUAAAGAGAGGGAUCCAGUUGAGCUGAUAUAGAAGCAGUUACGCAGAGAGACAGAUAUAUAUCUAAUUUGUUGAUCCACAUAAAUAGCCCCCUCUCUAUAUAUAUAUAUAUCUACAUGUAUGUAUAUAUGUACCUUUGACUUUUUGGAACAAUUGCAAAUAUCAUUUCAUAGAAGUAAUUAUUGGGGAUAAUUUUUUUCCUAAUCCUAAAUUCAAUUUUGGGGAUUAUCUCCAUCAGUUUUGUUCUUGUUACCCUCAUUUCAGUUUUUUGGGGAACUACUUGCAUAAUAAAACCUAUUACAUCACUCGGCAGCGGGAUUAAAGGAUUAAAAUAGGAAAUCUUGUCAUUGCUAUACGAGUAAAACUUGUUAUUCUAGUAGUGGCCUCAAAAUAGAAUUUUAAUUUAGGUUUUUUUAAGUUCUUAUGACAUAAAAAUUGAGAAAAAUAAAAAUUUGUGUACAAAUUA